GAGUACAUAGAAAUAUAGGAAAACCGCUAUAGGCGGUGAAAAAGAAAAUUUCAUAGAAAUGUUUAGGCAGGAGCUGUAUUAGAGUAACUGUUGCAAGAAACAUUAUUGAGGUAUUACAGGUUGAGUGUAUGGUGGGAGUUAAUUGUGCACGUGUAGUUAAUUGUGCACGUGAUUGGUUUAAUUAGUGCCACUGUAAGCCUGGGGUCAAAUAGAUAAGGACAGGUUGAUAGAGAAUUAAAGGAGAAGUACCCUCCAGGGCGUAACAAAAGUGUGAAGGACAGUAAAGCAAUGGUAUAGAUCAAGACAGUCCAAGUAUACUGGAAUUACCAAUGCAAGAACACAGUUGCAAUUAAACCUUCUACCACUGCCUUUGGUUAUUAAGCUAUAAUUGGACAAAAAAUGUUAACAUUGGGCAGCUAGAGCUGGGACAUAUCUUGUGGCAUUGUUAUUUGGAGUAAUUCAUGCGGGUGUCAUAAUCGUAUUACAGACUCUUUAAUGAUGUUUGAUUUUGAAAAAUCGGCUGUGAAAUUUCCUGUAUGGAAGUUAUAGAAUAUAUUCAGUGAAGCAGAUCAUUUAAAUAGGUAGAGUAGAUAUAGAGAAUAAAUGAGAGUGGAGUAACUGCAGUUUGAUCAGUGAUACACUGAAUGUGAAACCGAGAGAACCAUUUACAAGUGUGUUGUACUGGAUGAAUUAAACAGAGGGAGUUAAAAAGAUUUCUAACUGAUGUUUAUUUGAAUAACGCUAUUGAAGUGAAAGUGGUCGAUGUUGAACUGAAAUUUUUUUACUGAAAAAUAAAAGGAUUAAAUUCACUUCGGCAGAAAAGAACUCGAAAAAAAUAUUGAGAAAUUAAUUUAGUGAGAUGAUUUUUACACGUACAUUUGCGGAUACGAUCUAUUAUUCAUGAAUGGAUUUUUAUUUAUGAAAAUAUAGAAGAAUAAGAGAUAUUGGUGCUAUGCAUGGGAAUUUAUGAAGAAGAAGGAAAAAAAAGUGUUUUACUUAUAAAUGAAUAGAUGGUGAAAUGUUGAAAGAAUGACUUUAAUUAAAUUCUGACUUGAAAUUGAUAUGAUUUAAAAAAAAAAAUCUGUAGUUUAUAGAAUAUUUUCCUGAUAAUAUAAGUGGCGGAUUUAAUUACUGGAAAAUCAAGAUGGCGAGAAAAAUGAUAUAUUUGUGUGUUUUAUUAACGUCGAUGGGGAUUACGUGUUUAGCUCAGGAUGUUACAUACCAUAUCGAUGAAGAACUUAGUAAUUCUACGAAAAUUGGAAAUAUCGGAGAAAAUUCAAAUUUAUUUUCAGCAAUUGGCGGAAGUGACUCUUCGACAUUAACGUUUAGCUUCUUAACAACAGGUAAUCAAUACUCUCAUUAUUUUAGAGUCGGUGAGAAUAGCGGGGACUUGUAUACAAAUGCCAAAAUUGACCGAGAGGUGGUCUGUGAAUUCACCGAAACGUGCAUGCUCGUACUUCAGAUCGCAGCAAAAUCUGAGUUAGGCAGCUUUUUUAGAAUUCUGAAAGUACAUGUUUUUAUCAACGACAUAAAUGACCAUUCUCCAGUAUUUGAACAAACAACUCUGACAUUACCAAUAUCUGAAGCCGUGUUAGUCGGGACAUCAUACGCCAUUGACGGGGCACGAGAUCGGGACACUAGUCCGGAAUUUUCCUUGAAACAGUAUGAAUUGCAGUCGGUAGACCCAGAUUUUACAGGAAAUUUACCAUUUUCGAUUCAGUUUGCAAAACAUUUAGAUGGCAGUUCAAUCAUCAGGUUAUAUGUGACGGAACCAUUAGAUCGGGAAGUUAGGGAUGCAUAUCACCUUGAAAUAACUGCUUUUGAUGGUGACAUUCCCCCAAAACAAGGGAGACUACCAUUAUUUAUUCUAGUAUCUGAUGCCAAUGACAAUCAACCACAAUUCGAUGCUCCGUCUUAUAACUGUACCGUUAGUGAAGAGACAGAGAAGGGGGCAGUUAUUUUACAGCUUAAUGCGACCGACCUUGAUUCCGAGGAUAAUGGGAAAAUUAAAUAUAAACUGAGUCCCCAUCAGAGCAGUGAAAUUUUUCAAAAGUUUGCUAUUCGUGAAGAUACAGGGGAGAUAAUUCUGAAGGAAAAAAUAGCAUAUUCACCUGGAAAAGUUUACAGGAUUAUUGUUGAAGCUUACGACAAUCCAACUGAUGGCCAAUCAAUGUCCACACAGACAUUUGUAAUGGUAAAUAUAGAAAAUACUGGCAAUAAUGCCCCGAAGAUAGUAUUGAAUUUGUUAACACAAACAGACAUUGCCGAAGUAUCCGAAUCGGCAAACAUUGGUAAAGUUAUUGCCUUCGUUGAAGUUGUGGAUCAUGAUGAAGGAAAACAAGGAAUUGCCAGUUGUAUUAUUCAGAGUAUAGACUUUGAUAUACAGAGGAUUGAUAUGAAUAAGUAUAAAAUCUUCGUCUCACAGCUGCUUGACUACGAGAGGUAUCAGACGCAAACUGUCACCAUCCAUUGCCAGGACAACGGUAAACCCCCAUUGCCAGCUUCAGCCUCCUUCAACAUAUCUAUCCUAGAUAAAAAUGAUAACGCACCAGUGUUUAACAUGACUCCCUACACCAAAAACGUCAGAGAAGAUUUACCAGUUAGUGAAUUCAUACUUCAAGUUAGUGCUUCAGAUUUAGACUCUGGAAGAAAUGCAAAAGUUCACUUUGAAAUUUCGGAUAGAUAUACCCAUAGAAACUUUUUUUAUUUCGAGAAUUUACCAAACAACAGGGCUAAUUUACGUCUGAACAGAUCUCUAGAUAGAGACACUCUGUCCUCCUAUGUUUUUCCAAUCUAUGCAAUAGACGAGGGUGAAGAAGGAGAAUCAUCGAAAACAGGCUCAGCUAUGGUUAACUUGCAUAUUACAGACGUUAAUGAUGAAAAACCAGUGUUUAAAAAGUCUCCAUUCACUAUUGUGGUGCUUGAAAAUCUUCCUGCUGAUACUCCAGUGGGAAAUGUUGUCGCUACAGAUAAGGACCUUGGAAUUAAUGCACAAGUCGAAUACAAAAUACAUCCAGAUUAUAGAAAUAAAGUUCCUUUUGUUGUAUUUUCAAAUGGAAAUAUCAAGACAAACCAAGAACUGGAUAGGGAAUUCAAAGAUCGUUAUGAGUUCAAAGUGAUUGCCACUGAUAAAGGUGAAAAACCCCAAAGUAGUACUGGAUCUGUAGUGGUGCUAGUUUCUGAUGCUAAUGACAUGUAUCCGGAAAUUCGCUUUCCAAAACCAACUAACAAUACAGUUAAUAUAAUGCAAUCGGUCAAACCAUGGCAAAUUGUGACCAGGGUGCUUGCUAGUGAUGGUGAUGAAGUUGGAACUGGAAACAGUAGGUUGCAAUAUGAUAUAACAACAAGAAAUGAUUCUCGCCUCUUUAAAAUCAAUCCAAACAGUGGCGAUGUUCAAAUAACAAAAUCGAUCGAUGAAGCGUACAUCGGGAAAUUAUUUAAACUAGACAUAAGUGUAUCAGACUAUGGUACACCAACGCCGAAAUCAACACCAUCAGUGCUUUACAUCAGAAUUAAAUCAGACAAUGCUACUAAACAAGAAGUCGAGUCUGAUGUCCUUAGUAAUCAGAACUUCUUAAUAGCUAUAAUAGUGGGAAUCGUGACAGUAGUGCUCUCCCUUGGAAUCUUAGCCACCAUUUGUAUUAUUCGUAGAAUAGAUCGCGAAAGAAAGGAAGAACAAAAGAGAAAGAAUAACAAUCAAAUUAAAAUUGAUCCUGAUUUAAAUGAGAGACAAGUAUUUGAUGGUAGUAUUACAGUGUUUUCGCUGCCAUCAGAGGAUAGUUUACUUAAUGAGAAGAAGAAAAAAGAAGUCAGUUUUUCGUUGGAAGAUGAUGUGUUUUCUGACGAUGACCUGAUAACAAAGAACGGUUUAGAUAGCAGUCAUCGGCACUUUAAGCCAAAUCUGACAUUCCUGUCUCCAGGCCAGAAGAAAGUGGAAGAUAACCACAGUGAAACAUCAGGAGAUACUGGCACCAGUGAUAGUGGGCGGGGAGGAAGUGACGAGGAAAUUCAUACAAGCAUGUCACAGUCACCGAGGGAUAAAAUGAUGGAUUUCACCCGACCAUUGCCUCCAAUAUCGCAUCAGGAAAUCAUCCCGUUCUCAUUUAAAAAGGGCAUGGCCCUGCCAUACAGUAACCGUGAUUAUAGUAAUAGACCAGAUGUUAUAAAUACUGACAAUAUAGAAAUGACAAGGCGCGACCUUGACCCUCACAGACAUGGAUUAUCAACAAUGGCAGUCCAUCUGCCGAAUGACUCACUCGACAGAUCUCGUAAUAAAGUAGUCCUUUUACAGACAGACUCCGGUAUCCAUAGUGAUACAAACUCUAAUGAGGGAGACAAUACAAGGGAUUGUAUGGUGUGAAAUUAAUUAGUGAUAUGUUAAUGAUGUGAUAUAAAAUGGACAUUUUUGACACCUGUCACCCCCUUUUCUAAUUAGACUAUGGAAUGUUCCAAACUAUAAUAGCAAAAUCUCAGCUGGAACAUCGAAAAAAUAAGGGGGUGCAGGGGUCAGAGAGAAAAAAAACAAGGCCAUAUUCAGUAUUUAUUUAGUGUGAUAUAUGUGAAACCAUGGUUCAGAUGAUGUUUGUUCAACUGAGGGUCCAGCUGCUCUCUAAGGCACAAAGAUGAAUAACCUUGUUCUGGUGACCAAGCAUUGACAUAGUAUUCAAGCUAAAAAAUCCCAUGGCAUAGAAGAGGGAAAGAAACACAGUUAAGUAAAAUAUAGGGCCUAAAAAGAUUCAUCUGCCAUUACUGUACCAUUGGUGAACUUAAAUGAUGUCAUUUCCUGUAUUACAAAAAUUCUAGUCACUGUCACUUCCUGUUCUGUGUUACCAUGGUAUUUCUAUGAUGUCAUAAUCAAACAACAAGAAACUAAACAAGUUAUAAUCAGAUCAUCAUGCAAAUGUUUAGAUGUAGACUGGGGCUCUUUUAUCUUAAUAUGUGAAACAUUGCAUCUUAUAUAUCAUUAACACAGUCUAUUAUCUAAACCUGGCAUUGAUGGGUCAGCUUGACUGGAACCCUUGACUUUCAUUAAAGAAAUAUUAUAAACACAUUGUAUCAUAGAUACAGUCCAAGAAUGUGUGUUAUUUUUUUUUUCUGUCAGGUGUUUUGGAAAUAAUAUGUCUGUGUUUAUAUGUGUUUAAAUGGGAGUGAUGUGCAAUGGAAAAACUGUGUUAUAUGUGUUUAAGCAAACGGAUGAAUAAUUAAACUUACAUACAAUAGGUGACACUGUAAGACUUAACGCUUGGUUAUUUUCGAAAUUAUUGAAUUACCUCCCUUUGACAAUUCAGUAAUAUGGGAUUUAUAUUUAUUUCAAAAGUAUUAGUUGCACUUGUAUUCAGUGACACAAAACAUUUGUGUAUUUACAUGUGAAAGUUGCCAUAUUAUCUAAGAAUGUUUGAUGAUAUUUUAUAAUGAGAUGUUUUUGUAUGUAUAAUUGUAUACUUAUUUAUUUUACUUGAAUAUGUUAUUGUGAUAAAUAUAUUCAAAUUUCGAUGUUCUACAAAAUAAUAAAAAAUAUGUUU